UACGACAAAGACGUUGGUAAAAUGGUACAAGUAUUCUGGACGUUACGAGUACUGUCAAUAUGUUUCUUCGUAUAUUUAUAUUCAAAGAAAUCUGAAGCUUACGCUGGCAGUUCUGGAAUACAGCAGCAGGGACAGGACUACACCAUAACUUGUGGAUCCGGAUAUUUUAUUUCCGUUUACCUCGCGAGCUGGGGGUCAGACUAUUGGGAUGAUGACACUUUCGUCAGCUGCUGGGAUUCUGACUCUACAACAGAUCUUGAUGACGCAUGCGCAGAACUAAGUGCUUGCACUUUCCAAUUUAACAAUGCUUUGUUUGGGAACCCCUGUCCUGGUAUUUCUAAAGAGGGAGAAGCCAAAUGGUAUUGCGGACGGGAUGCGGGAUGGAGUGAUUGGAGCCCUUGGACUUCCUGUCCCGUUCUGUGUGGGGGCGGAGUAGUUUCCAGGUCACGACCAUGUGACAACCCGACCAGAGAAUAUCCCGGAAGUUACUGUGAAGGCUCAGACUACGAAACGACAUCGUGUAAUAGCCAAGCGUGUCCAGAUAAUGCACAACUUGUUCAUCACAGAGGUCCCUGGAGGUUAGUGUUCAAAGUCCCAAGUGGCGUCGCUCCAUCCGGUCACACAGACGUGGUAUCAUUCCUAAAGGACAGUGGCUCUUACAAUGACGGCAGUGUGUCAGCAAUGCGUGACUUCUCUUCUGGUGGAUCUCUGUACAAGUCCGCCAUUUGGGACGACUGGGCUACAAAGCAUAGCAUUUCAGCGGUUCGAUUAUCGGUGUACAAAGAUGGACAAGAGGUAACUUACGUCGUGUUCGACGCGGCUGGUGUGACCAGUAGAACUGGCUGGAUGGAUUGCUCUCGUGUGAUAGAUUCCAGCUGGACAGACCUUCAGACGGGCAACCCAAAUGUUUGUGGCAUAGAGGAAACAGGUGUAUGGAAAAGAAAUUUCUUUAUCAAUAAGAAGUAUGACGAUUGCCAAGGCGACGCGGGAUGGUUGAUGUUUAAAGACGUCGGUGCCAGUAAUGGAUGUGAUGACUGGGAUACUACGAAAAUACCACUGCCCUAUAUAAUGUACUCUACUGACUCCACCUACGCCACCUGGCACAAUGGAAAUACAGGAUAUGGCGAUGCCUUGGCUAUAUUUGUAAUGGACUGGCACAUGGUGUUUAAGGGUGUUGAUGGUACGCCUCCCUUGGCAGGCUCUUUACAAGAUCUGUGGGAAGGCAACGACACCGAGCGAGAUAAUGACACAUCCGCACGGACGAUCACAACAUUUCUGGGACAGACAUAUAAAUCAGGACUGAUAGAGGAGUGGACGGACACAUUCAUGAUUGUUGAUAUGGUAAAAUAUUCUUUCUACACAAAUGCUGAGGAAGUUUCAUGGGUGGUAUUCAAUGGUAAAGACACCGACAAGACAUCCUGGUUCUCUAGUUCCAAUAUAUUGUAUUCCCAGUACACAGAUGUUUCCGCGGCAGCAAAGUCAACGUGCUCCAUAUCAGGAGAUGGAAUGAACACAUUCGCGAUAGUGAAUGACGACAGCAGCUGUCCAUGGUUUCGGGCCUGGAUGAUGGUUGUGGACAGCUCAGGGGGUUCGCCAAUGUGUUCAUUUGAUAGUGACGUCAGACCGAAACCGUACUUUCUGCACAGCGCAUCAACGAAUGCUGGUCUGCUGGAGUCAGGUGGUAAAUGGGACAACACUGGUUUCCCAGCAGCUGACGUUUUAGGAGUUUUUGUGAUUGGCUGGUUUCCAGUUAUGAAAGUAGCACUUGGCCAAUCAGUAUCACCUGCCCAUGGUAUAUAUGACCUUUGGACAAAAGGUUACACACUGAAUGAGUUUGAUAAGGACGCAUUAUCUUUCCAAUAUGGAACAAAGUCCUUCAAAUCUAGCGUUGUUGAUUCCUGGAAUAAUUUCUAUAUUCGUUCGGUACGAGUCUCUUUUUAUUCGUCCGGUGUAGAACGGGCCUACGUCGUGUUUGAUGCUCAUGGUUCUGAUAAGGUCAGCUGGUUUGACUGUGACAGAAUUCUUUAUACGUCUUACAAAGACCUAAACGGGGACACCCCGACGAUCCACUGCAGUAUACCAGGAGAUAACGCCCUACAGCGCUACUUCUUCCUCGAGUACGAGUAUAACGGUUGUAGUGCUGAUGCCGGCUGGUUUGGGAUAAUGGAGGCAGGAUCAGGAUGUAACUGGGAACAGAGACGAGCUACACCUUACGCUCUCUACUCGGACAACAACAACGGGUUUGAAAUUAACACAAAUAUGGCGAUUGCAGACGUAUUCGUGAUAUCUGUAGGUAUGGAGGACCACUGUAGUAUGGUGACGUGUGCAAAUGGUGCGACAUGUUACGACAGGGGCAUAACGUAUGACUGUGAAUGCACGGGAGACUUUUACGGAAUAUUAUGUGAAAAUCUGGACGGUGGUUGGACGGAAUGGUCAAACUGGACAGUGUGUAGCACUACCUGUUACGCUGCCGGUACUCAGACUAGGGUUCGGCAGUGUACUAACCCCUCUAAAGUAGGAGAGGGCUUGGACUGUCCAGGAGAAGCAUCGGAGACAGUCGACUGUAUACCUGAUUUCCCUAUAUGUGACGAAUAUAAUACUGGCGAUAUGGUGAACAAUACAAUUUACCAAAUGGUGUGUCCGAAAGGGUAUUACGUUUUUGUGGAGUCUGCGUUUUACGGAAACGACGUAAAUGACUGUAUCGAUACCAGUGCCACAACGAAACUCGCGUCGUUAUGCCAUGGCGUCAACGAAAACUGCACCUUUAGUUUCAACAGCAACGAUUUUGGAGACCCCUGCUGGAGAUACGCAAAACAAGGGAACGCAACUCUAUAUUGUGCACGAGACGGUGUAUGGAGCACGUGGCAAGCAUGGACUUACUGUUCUGUCACCUGUGGUGGAGGGACAAGGACACGCAGACGUACAUGUGAUACACCCACUACUGUCUCACCUGGGUUAUACUGCCCUGACUCACCAGAUGAUUCAAAGGCAUGCAUGACGGAACCAUGCCCUGUAUGUGGACACCAUUAUGCUGGAUAUGAUGACCCAAGGAAUAUAAGCAUUUACAAUGACACCAGUAAAGAGAACGCCUACAUUCUACUGGAUAUUAAUUGGGAUAUUCCCUGUUGUGAGUUGAUAUCAGCAUGGGAAUUCGUUCCCAUAACAACUGGGCUUAUUGACUUUCAUAUAUGGCGAAAACAAUUCAACGGCUUGCACCUGUUGGCUUCAUCUAUAACAUAUAUGGUUAACGAAUCGCAAGUUGGACAAUUGGUGAAUUUUACACUCCCGCCAGGCGAACGAAUCACUGUCUUAGAAGGAGAUGAAAUCGGAUGGUAUUGUCCAGGCGAUAACAUGAUACCAUACGCAGAUUGUAGUGGUGAGAUGUGUCCGAACAAAACACGCAAAUCCCUAUUUUCUACCAGACCCUCCAAAUUACAAGUAUUCGACUGGGAAAGUUUGCCUGAAAUUCUUGACCGAGCUUAUGCAAUACGGUUCUUCACACACGCAAAUACAAUGCCGUAUGUAAAUCAAACAGAGUUUGUGGCACUAGUAAAAGACUUCAGUCCAAUAGGAACACGGGCCUUACCGUACUGGAUAACAGACGAAGAUGUCGACGAUUUCCUCACACACUCAUUCACACAUGAACUCUUCGAACUCAAUACUACGUUUGCAAAUGACAUUCAUAUACAAACAAAGUCCAAAAUGCCGAAGGAAUACAACGUAUUUUCCCUUGUUUUAAGAUCAUGGGAUAUGUGUUCAAACACAGCCACAACAACAGUGGAAAUAACAACAUAUAAUGCGCCACCGAUGUUUCUAAACUUGCCCGAGGAAAUAUCGAUAGCUGAGGAUGUGUCGACACCGUCCUUGUUGUACGAGCUUGAUGUAGUGGACUACUCUGAGAAUGACAGCAUUUGCUGCACACUGUCUGAGGUCACGCCCUGGUCGCCCAACUUCAGACUGGCGUUUAUAGAUAAUGGUUACCAACUGUUUACGACAGAACAAGCUGCCUUCGACUAUAAAGAGAUAUCCAAUUACUACAGGGUCAGACUCUGCUGCUCUGAUUCUUAUGGCGUUUCCUCAAAUUUUCUAGAAGUGUUUAUCACUGAUGUUCGAAAAGAAAAACUAUAUUCACCUCCAACCUGGUUUCUGACUGCAAUUGGAAUCUGCCUCGUUCCUGUGACGUUACUCCUCUUUUCAACCUGUUGUUUGAUGUGUGCAACGUUCUGCGCAGAACCGGAUGUGGAAUAUUUCUUCUCUCGGUGAACAUAAUGACAAUUUGAAACAAAAUGGCAACUUCAUAUGUUAGACUAAGAUUGAUGUUAUGCUGGAACUGCCGUGCGUGUUAAGGUUAUGUUCAAGUGCAAUACUAGCAUAAUCAUGCGUAAUUGAGUUUUUCUAAAUGUCGUUUAAAGAAAAUCAAUCUUUUUUUUUGUAAUUGUUAUACCUUUUUCAAGUAGGAUCGUUAUAUAUAAUAAUAAACACAUCAAGUUCUCUGCUCAUUAGAAUGAUUCUUAGUGACUUAAAUUAUAUUCCUACGAUAGAGUAUGGAAACAUUCAGUCACGCAUGUCGGGAUAUUAGACGUUAACUCGGUGUCCCAAUAACUUAUGUAGUUUUCUCGUGUUCCAAUUAAUGUCCUUUUUCCAAAAAAAACCGCAUUUUAAAUGGUUUGGCUUUUCUUCUUCCAUGUUAAUCAAUAUCUUACGUUCUGCAACCGGAUUCCGAGUAUCUAUAGUUUGUCAUCUCCUUAUCAUUAUUUGUAAAAGGUUGAUUUGUUGAAUAUAUACUGGUAUGU